AUGUUCGCAUUCUUCAAGCAGUACUUCGGAUCGCGUCAAGCGCCGACUAGUUCCAUUUUGGGCGUAACCGGUCGGUACGACUUCCUCGAUGAGGACUUGUCCGUCCGCCGAGAUAUCAUCCAGGACAUUCAUCGACUACUUCAAGCCAACGCAGCCUUGCUCAAGAAAGAAAACAGAGGUGAUUAUGCCAAGCUUGUCGACACUUCCCGACCUGUGGUUUUUAAUGAUCGCGAUCUUCUCAACCAGGCGCGGUUCUGGGCGGCACUUUGGUCUUUGGACCGCCCGCGUCUCGACGCUAGCCAUCGUAGUCUGUUGGAGAACGAGGAUGGCUUUCCUGGGGCACUUAGAAAACAGGGACUAAGAGACGAGUAA